AUGAAUAAGAAGAGGAAACUUCAAGCCCAAGAGUCUCUUUCAAUAUCUUCUAAAAAGAAAAGAUCUCAAGUUCUUAACUCGAUUACUCAACUAUGCAAUAGCAUAUCAUUGAAAGCAUUAGCUAAUUUAAAUGACAGAGAAAUAUCUUCAGAAGAAAAGAUAUGUAGUGAACAGAAUUCAAAAUGCAAGAAAGAAAAAAGUGUAAAUAAGCUUAAGCAAAAAUCAUUUGCUUUAGAGUUGUUUACACAAGAUUUAUUAAUGAAAGAAAAUCAGCUAAAAGGCAUAAAGCAUAUGAUCAAAAUUUUUAAGACAUUUUAUUUUGAAAAACUUAUUUUAAUAACAAAUUUAGCAUUUAUGAGGCCUCAUAUCAUUUAG